UUUCCUCGGACAUACAUACAUAAAUAGUACUACAGUGCAGUGGGUUUGGAAGGAAAUGAAAACCAAACGCUAUAAAUUCAUGGUUUUGUUGUGUUUUCCAAAGUAGAGCAGUAUUUUGUUUUGUUUGGGAGGAGAGAAAGAGAGAGAGAGAAAAAAAGAAUUAUGGGGAGAGGAAAAGUGGAGCUGAAAAGAAUAGAGAACCCAACAACCAGGCAGGUGACCUUCUCAAAGAGAAGAAAUGGGCUUCUGAAAAAAGCUUUCGAGCUCUCGAUCCUCUGUGAUGCUGAAAUUGCCCUUCUCAUCUUCUCUCCAGCUGGAAAGGUUUACCAAUAUGCUAGCCAUGACAUGGAUAGGAUUAUUGGGAGGUAUAGGAGAGAAGUUGGACUGCCUGAAUCUGAUAGCCUGCGCUGUAGAACCGUGGAGUUUUGGAGGAAUGAAAUUGAAGAGACCAAAAGAACAACGGAAAACUUGGAAAGAAGACUGAGGCACUUAAGCGGUGAAGAUCUAUUAAGGUUGGGAAUGAAAGAGUUAAAACAGCUCGAACGACAAUUGAAGAUUGGGGUUGAACGCAUCCGUUCCAAAAAGAGAAGGAUGUUCACAGAGCACAUCAACUUGCUGAAAAGGAGGGUGUGUUUUAUUAAUGAAAAAGAGAAUAUUAGAUACUCACAUAGAGACUUGCAAGAGGAGAACACACGACUCCAUAAAGAAGUUAAGUUGCUUGAUGAUCAACUGCAUGAUUCUGCUGCUGCCGCUUCUGCUUCUGCAACCUCAGGAUUAAUUUUGGGAUCAGUUAAUGCAUUUCCAAGCUUUCUUCUGGGUUGAAAUCGCCCAAUGAAACAUAGCAUGGAAUGAAAUAAUCACUCUCGGUUUGAAGGAUCUUCAGGCUAUACGUGAUUUAAAUUUUUACAAAAUUGACAAUUUGGCACCAGCCAAAUAUUGUUCAAUUUUCAAUUAUUAUUAGCUCUGUUUGUCCCAAAGUUGAAAACUAUCGUAUCUUUGUAUAUUUUUGGUUUAUGAUCGAGUUGUAAUAAUAUAUGUAUGCACUACUAGUACUUAAUUUCUAUGUGCGCUCUUUUCUCUCUCUAGAUUAAUGUAUAUAUAAGAUAUAAUAUUUAUUAAA